UAAAGUACGAGUGGGGGGAGACAUGAAUCAGACGGAGCAAGGUAUACGGACCUGCACCGGUGACGAUGAUCGUCCAGGAAAAUAUUGGGCUAGCGUUAUGCUUUCUCAGUUUGUAACAGGCUCACCAUCGGAGCAAGAACGAUAGUCUCUAGCCGGUCACUGUUACUAACAGUCGUGCUUUCUUUGGCCGUAUCUGCCAGUAGUGAUUUUGCAUUUCGGAUAAAACGAAGGAAGAAGGAUUUUCUUCAAUCUUUUUCAUAAAGUUGGGCAAGAGUCCAUGACAGUAACAAAAGUGGAAACAAAUAUGGAGGUGGAGAUUCCAGACAGAAUAGCACUGACGUUCAAGGAUCAAAAUAUUUUGAUCACCGGUGGUACCGGAUUUUUAGGAAAAGUUAUCAUCGAGAAAUUUCUUCGAUGUCUGUCAAAUACGGAACAAAUUUACGUGCUCGUCAGACCAAAGAAGGGAAAAGACCCGAAUGAUCGGCUGGAAGAAAUUUUCAACUCGGCGCUAUUUGAAAAAGUUAAAGAGCAAAAAGGAUUAACAGCGCUUCAGAAAGCAGUGACAGUCAUAAACGGGGAUGUAUCGUUGCCAGGUCUUGGACUUUCGGCGGAAGACAGGAAAACACUUUGUGAAAAGAUUAACAUUGUGUACCACGCGGCUGCCACCGUUCGAUUCGAUGAGCUAUUGAAGAGAGCAGUUCUGUUGAACACACGUGGCACGAAACAGAUGCUGGACCUGGCCAAAGAAAUGAAACAAUUAAAACUGUUUGCUUAUAUUAGCACUGCGUAUUGCCACCUUGAAGAAAAAAUCUUAGGAGAAAAACCGUAUCCCCCGCCAGCAGAUCCCCACAAAAUAAUCAAAUGUGUAGAAUGGAUGGAUGAUAAUGUCGUUGAAGCUAUGACAGAUAAAAUUUUAGGAAACUAUCCAAAUACAUACGCUUUCACUAAAGCCUUAUCCGAAGGUCUCGUCGAAGAAGCGAUGCCACAGAUUCCAGCAAUUAUACUGAGACCGAGCAUAGUUAUACCUGUGUGGAAAGAACCUGUACCGGGGUGGACAGAUAACAUAAAUGGGCCAACGGGACUUUUAAUCGGUGCUGGAAAAGGCGUAAUUCGAACAAUGUACUGUAACGAAAAUAGUUAUGCCGACUAUCUACCAGUCGACAUUGCUGUAAACGCUAUUUUGGCCAGUUCCUGGAAUUUUAUUUACCAUAAAGAUCAUGAAAAAAGAGUUUACAACCUUACGAGUAGCAACGAAUUCAAGGUGUCGUGGGCAGAAAUUAUUGCGCGCGGUCGAAAAAUAACAGAAAAAGUACCCUUGAAUGGUAUCGUCUGGUAUCCGGGCGGCAGUAUGAAAAAGUCACGACUUCUGCACAAUAUAUGCGUUCUACUUUUUCACAUGAUACCUGCCUAUUUCUUAGAUUCGCUUAUUUUUCUUGCAGGCUACAAACCGAUUAUGUGUCGUGUGCAACGUCGGAUACAAAAAGGUUUUGAAGUCUUUGAGUAUUAUGCUAACAAUCAAUGGGACUUUGAAAAUUCAAACAUAACCGUAGUGAGAGAACUAUUUAAUCCGGUGGAGUAUGAAAAGUACCAAUUACAUGGGAACGACAUGGAUAUAGACGCGUACUUCGAAACGUGUAUACGAGCCGCAAGAGUUUUCAUCCUAAAUGAACUUCCGGAAACCUUACCAGCUGCUCGGAGGCAUUUAAGAGUUAUGUACUGGGUUGACGUACUUACAAAGAUACUUUUCUUCGUAUUGUUGUUUUUCAUGUUGGCAUCCUGGAAUAACAGUUUCAAAGCACUACUAGUACAGUGCUGGUCGCUCGCUACCCGAGCAUUGUCGCACUAACUAUUCGUUACAGUAAUGCCUUGGAAAUUGGCCGACGUUCGGGACCGUUCAGACUGCGAAUGAGACAGAGAUGCACAAUACGGCACAUCGAUAUCUCGCAGAUUUAAAAACAUAAACAUACUUGGCCGCCAGGGCAAGCGGAAAGCCAGCUCCAAGAACUGGUGGGGAUAGCAACCGACCAAUUUUGAAGGCAUCACUGUACUUAGUUUGUAACACUUUUAGUACCUUCACAUUAUAAUAUGACCAAAUAAACUACGAAUUCUUUUGUUAGCAAUUACUAGCUUGUUU